AAAUUGAAAGUUAACUCAACAUUUGAAACAUGGCGGACACUUUAGCUAUUAAACCCAGUACCCCUGGCAGUCCAAAAAAGAGGGUAACCUUAUCAGCAGGGAAGGACCAUCAGAACAGAAAUGGUAGUGCUACAGGGAGAAAAACACCAGGCACCCCAAAUUCAGGAGAUUACUCAAAACCUGUUGUCAGAAGUGCUGUCAGAAGAUGGAAGCGACUUCAUGAACAGAACAUGAUGGAAAAACUAGUGGUCAUCAGGAAUGAAAAAAAGCAAAAUGUCAAAUUGUCACGAGAUGAUGCUAAAAAGGUUGCUAGGAAGAUUCCCAUUGAAAUUCUUGCUAAAGAUUGGCUAAAUGACAAUGAGGCAACACUUGAAGUAAGGGCAUAUUUGGUUGAUAAAGUGCUACCCACUCUCAUUUUAGGUGUGGAGAAACUACUUAAUGAGGCAGACAGUAGAGGAUUAGCAGAAGAGGUAGAUGUUUCUCCAAAUUUUAAUCCUAUUAACUUUUUAGCGCAAUACCUAAUGAGGAACAAUCCUAAAUACUGUAAUUUCUCUGAGGCAUCACCUUAUGUGAGGGGACUGAGGGAGGUGGCUGAUGACCUCAAGAAACAGUUGUUCAACAUAGAGGACAACAGAUUAGCGAGAAUAAAAGCUGAAGCCAAGAGAAGACGAGAAGAACGAGACAGACUAGAACUACUGAAACAACAGGAGAGAGAGCGACGGGAAGCAGCUUUCAUGGAACAAUUCUCAAACUGGAAUGUACAACCUGAUGGCAGAGUGGAAUUAUCUAUUGUUCAAAAUGCUCUACGGUCAUUUGUUGAAAUAGCAGAAACUUUCCCAGAGGAGUUACAAAAUGCUGCCAAAUUGAGCCAUGCAUUAGAGCCAACAGAUGAGACUGGGAAGUCUUUAACUGUGAAAGAAUUUGCUAAAUAUAUGGGAAUGUUUGUGGAAGAGCUGAGUAAAGAGAUUUUUGAAGAAUUCAUGGCACAUCUGUCCAAGUGUGCAACAUCUCACAGAGCAGCUGCUAGUCGUGAGGCAAGGCGUAUACUCCUUACCAACCUCUUCAUCACAUGUGACCACAGCGGUAUUGGCUUGCUGGACCGACACAGAAUUUUGAGUUUGUUUGAAUCUUACUGGGAUUCUCUGAAGGAGGACAUCAAGAGGAACUUGAGGAAUCCAAGGAGAUGGCCAGUUGCAGAGGUGGACGAGGUAGUUGACUAUUUUGAGGAUGAUGACAUUGAGAAGGAAGAGGAGACACAGCCAGAAGAAGUCUCACAGACCCAGCAGGAAACAGAAGAGGCCGUCCCCGAGGUGACGACAGAACCACCCAAGACAGCCCAGGCUGAAAACACUUCAGUCACAUUUGCUCUGGGAACAACAUUUAGUCGAGAAAAGACAGCAAUGACCCACAUCAGUAAGACUUCUGGUGCAUCAGCUUUUGAUGAGAACUCACUGAAUGUGUCACAGUUUGUUCACUUGACUGAAACAUUCCUGGGAGAAGACCCCGUGGAAAAGUCCACUUUUGAGACUCUGUCUAAGUUUAUCAAGGGCGGGUAUGAAGAAACAGAAGAGGAGAAAAUGGAGAGGCUUAUGAAGGCCCGUAAAGAAGCAUUAUCAUCCCAGCGCAAGUACCAGAUGGACAACUUGUUUGAGAAGUGGGACAAUGAUGGGGCUGGCUACCUGGAUCUAGAUGAAGUGGAAACGGUGAUGCAGAAAUACAAGGAAGGACAGGAGAACCAGUCCAUAGAAAGGGCCAAAGUCAGCCUAAAGAAGCAAGCUAAGUACUCCCAGGACAAUCGCCUGAGUCGGCGGGAAUUCCGACAGUUUGUACUGUUGGUUGUGGAUGAGCUUCCAGGCGCUGAUAGCUUUGAUUACUUUGUGGAAUUCCUCAUCAACAGUGUUGAGAGGACAUAUGCUGAGCGUAUUCGAGGUGAGGCGAGGAAGAAGUGGCUCCAACAGGUAGUGAAUGCUGCAGAAACAGGCGGUGCCAGUAUGGAGCCUGUUUAUAAAGCCAUCUUCAAUGCUUUGUACAAGGAUGCAGAAGCCCAUGGUGGUGGUAAGAGAAUUAGUGCUAACAUCUCCAUGUUGGAGCGUAACAUCCUUGACCCCACUCGUGGAGAUGUGUGUCUACGAUACGUGGCUGCUACAGUGGAUGAUUCCGACUUCCUUCUUGGCAAAAUCUUAUUUAGUGACAUGAAAGGGAUCAGUUUUACAUCUGUCGAGAGUGGCAAACCAAUCCAUGUACCCAGAGUAUAUAACCAUGGAAACAUCCAGUUCUGGAAUCCCUACAGAGUACCAGAGGACCGUGAAGGAUCAUUCAUCGUUGUACCUCUCAAGGACAAGAGAAAGCGUGUGUUUGGACUGCUAGGAAUUGACACACUAAACGACCGACACACCAAGACCAUCUUCAUCACUCACGAGAUUCAGUUCUUCCAGGGUGUAGCCAAAGCCUUUAGCAUUGCGUACCACCAUGUAGAUAUGAGUAAGAAAUUACUGCGGAUCACAGAGAGUGCGGUGUCCUGGAUCCACCGACGUAGUCCACAUGUCCACGAGAUCACUACAUACAUGGUGGAACCGGAGGGCCAAGAGAAAGAUUAUGUACUCAGGAAAAUGAUGACAACCGAUGUCAAGGGAAAUGUUGUCAACAUGACAAACCCACCACGACUUGAAAGGAAAGAUAACUUGUUCAGGGAUUACCUGUUCAAGUGUGUAGAUAACAGUGAAAGUGUAUCAGCUGACGCCUACGGACAGCGCCAUCUUGGUUUCCCCUUACGUAACGAUGGUGGGAAGGCGGUGGCUGUGGUGGACAUCAGUAUUGGAGAGCUUAAACACCUUCCCACUCAUGAAAACAAGGAGGUACAAAGGAUGCUGAGGUUGUUACAACAGGCACACAAGGAAAUCACACGGGAAUCAGCAGGAGACGAUAAGCUAAUGGUGUUAGAGGCAGAGAAGGAUGAUGAUGGCAGGAUGGACAUCAUGUUUGACCGACUCAUGCUGAUGGAACUCAGAGAAAACGUGUCCAAGAUUGAUGCCAAGGGUUUUGCUGAACUUCGAAGCUACAAUGAUCCUCCUAAAAUCAUCAAUGACAUUGUGCGAGCAGUGUGUGCAAUAUUCUACUAUGAAAAAAUUAUUUCUGGCGAGUUGGAUAAUUGGGGAGAAUUGAAGGGGUUAAUCAACAAUGACCUUCUACAAAAGAUCGAGCACUAUGAUCCAACCUCCACUGAAAACCAAAAACUUAUCGCCCCAGACAAGAUUGAGGUCUUCCUCAAAGAUGUUCCCCAUGGAGAGGUGGCAAAGUUUGGUUCCAUCCCAGCCCAGAACAUGUACAACUGGGUAUUUGUAUGUAUUUCCCUGAUCGAGCAUACACUGAAAAUGAGGAAGAAUUCCGACGAAGGUGCGAUCAUUCCGUCAGGACAGGAGGAAUCAAAGGUGUCCGAGUCUGCACCUGAAGCUCCAGCCGAGACAUGAGGACAAAUCUGACCAUGGACUCGCAAGGACAAACUUUAAGACAGUCACAGACAUAAACAGACUUACUGAUGCCCCAAAGACAUUGUUGUGAAGGGAAUGACUAUACACAUAAACUGGAAACAUUUCUGUUCCUAUUCUGUGAUUACAGCUGAACAAUUUUAAACAAUAUCUGUUCUGUUCUGUCAGGGACAAUCAGAACAAUGAUAAAUAGAACUUACUUUUCUGGUACUAGAUAUGUGGAUGAGAAUUGGUCUGUUUUUCUCUUCAUUAAUGUUCAUGUAGUGACGUCAAGCUCUAUUUAUGUACAGAUUUGUAUAUAGACCUGAUAAAUUUCUAAUGAUAGAUGAUGUUUACUGAGGUAAAAAUAUAUAUUCCUCUAUUUACAAUUUUUAUCUGUGAUGUUUUAACUAAAAUUGAUAUAGCAGAUAUAAGUACUAGGGCUUGAAAAUAGCUAUGCAUAAACUGUUUAUUUUACAAAGUAUAAAAUUUGAUUUACAAAUGAUAAAUAUUUACCUUCUUAAAACAAAUGGCCAAUAUUUGAAUUGUACAUACACAUAGUUGCCUUCAGAAGCCAAACAUAAUUCUUUGUUUACCAUAAUUUGCUUGUUGUCUUUUAGAUUUCUAUUCUCGGUCUCUUUAAUGUAUGUUUUUAUGGUACAUUCCCAUUUCAGGUGUUCUUUCUUUUACAUUACCAUGAGAUCUAGAGUUCAGUGGAGUAGGAGAGACACUUAAAUGGGAUUGAGAUCAGUUUAAAAAGGUUCAAUUUGAGGUAUAAAUAACAUAUUGUGAUAGGAAAGUUUUACGGAAAUAAUAUCAUUACAAGGAGCUCUUGAUAAGAGAAACAGUUAUUAUAAAAUUGUGAGGAUUGACUGACAAAAUUGUGAGGAUUAACUGACAUGUAGCCAGUGCAUGACCAAACAUCUGUGAUAUCAACCACAACCGUCCAAAGUUAUAGAUUUAGUGAUAUCGUGCUUUUUCUUUUUCAUUUAAUGCCAUUUUAUCCAC